AUGACCGUCGUGGGCGGCGACGACGCGGCGGCGGCGCCCGGGCGCGGGCAGACGGUGUGCGUGACCGGCGCCGGCGGCUACGUCGGGUCGUGGAUCGUCAAGCUCCUGCUCGAGAGGGGGUACGCCGUCAGAGGCACCGUGCGCAACCCCGACGACGCGAAGAACGCGCACCUGAGGGCGCUCCCCGGCGCGGCGGAGAGGCUGGCGCUGUGCAAGGCCGACCUGCUCGACUACGACGCGCUGCGGGCGGCCGUCGCCGGCUGCCACGGCGUCUUCCACACCGCGUCGCCCGUCACCGACGAUCCGGAGGAAAUGGUGGAGCCAGCGGUGACGGGGACGCGCUACGUCAUCGACGCCGCUGCGGAGGCCGGCACGGUCCGCCGCGUCGUCCUGACGUCGUCCAUCGGCGCGGUCGCCAUGGACCCCAACCGCGCGCCGGACGCCGUCGUCGACGAGUCGUGCUGGAGCGACCUCGAAUUCUGCAAGAAGACCAAGAACUGGUACUGCUACGGGAAGGCGGUGGCGGAGCAGGCUUCGUGGGAGGCGGCGGCGGCGCGCGGGGUGGACCUGGUGGUGGUGAACCCGGUGCUGGUGCAGGGCCCGGCGCUGCAGCCGACGGUGAACGCCAGCCUCAUGCACGUGCUGAAGUACCUCAACGGCUCCGCCAAGACGUACGCCAACGCCGUGCAGGCGUACGUGCACGUCCGCGACGCCGCCGACGCGCACGUCCGCGUCUUCGAGGCGCCCCACGCCGCCGGCCGAUACAUCUGCGCCGACGCCGUGCUCCACCGCGAGGACGUCGUCAGGACCCUCCGCAAGUUCUUCCCGGACUACCCCGUCCCGGAAAGGUGCUCUGAUGAGGUGAACCCAAGGAAGCAGCCGUACAAGAUAUCCAACCAGAAGCUGAGGGACUUGGGCCUGGAGUUCACUCCGGCGGCGCAGGCCCUGUACGACACCGUCAUAUGCUUCCAGGAGAAGGGCAUCAUCCCUAUCCCUGCCCCAACGCCGUCACCGGAGCCGGAUCAGGCCUGA